AGAGAGAGAGAGAGAGAGACCAUUUUCACUAAAAUAAAAAACAUAUCUUUUUCUGCAAAUUCUUUCAUCUUUCUCUCUAUAAAUAUUUGAUCUUCAGACCAAUCUCUCUCCCUCAUCUCAUUCCUCUCUGAUUUCUUCGCUCUGUAUUGAUUUUGACAGAUACGUUUAGUGUUUCAAAAGUUUUCAUUUUUUUGUUUCUCUCUUGCUCAAAAACACUCUCUCUAAUAAGGGGAAGUGCCUAAAUUCAAACCACUUGCGUGUAAGAGGAUAAAGAAUCUGAGAGGGAUCUUUAAAGAUUCUACCUUUGCCUUCUUCUCUCUUCUCUAUUUUUAAUACCGUUUCUAUUCCAUGUUUGCUUCCUGCGAGAUCGAAACUGCCCGAUUGAGCCGUAAUUUGGGGAUUACCUGCAAUUUAGGGUUCGCCUGCGGUGGAUUUGAAGACUUUGGUAUGAGAUUCGAAGGGGAAAACAUGGUUCCAACCAAAGCUGAAGAGGAAGAAGAAGACGGCGGCGGCGGCAGAGAAGUGGCCCUCACCGAAACGUCGCCGUUUCAGUUUCACCAGCCGUUGCUUCAGCAGCAGAAACUCGUUGUUGGGUAUGCUCUCACUCCCAAGAAGAAGAAGAGUUUCUUGCAGCCCAAGCUUGAAGUUCUUGCUAGGAGAAAAGGCAUUUUCUUUGUCCCCAUCGAUUUGAACCGCCCUCUUUCUGAACAAGGGCCAUUUGAUGUCGUUUUGCAUAAGUUGCUGGGAAAAGAGUGGGAAGAAGUUAUUGAGGAUUACCAACAAAACCACCCAGAAGUGACUGUGCUUGACCCACCAGGUUCAAUACAGCGUAUAUAUAAUCGACAGUCGAUGCUUCAGGGUAUGGCAGAUUUGCAUCUGUCAGAUUGCAGUGGCAGCAUUUUUGUUCCAAAGCAAAUGGUUGUCUUAAAAGAUUCAGCAGCUAGUGCUGACAAAGUUGUGGAAGCUGGUCUUAAAUUUCCACUAGUUGCAAAGCCUCUCUGGAUUGAUGGAACUGCGAAGUCACAUCAAUUGUACUUAGCUUAUGACAGGCGCUCACUUGCAGAACUUGAUCCGCCUUUAGUCCUUCAAGAGUUUGUAAAUCAUGGUGGAGUUAUGUUCAAGGUUUUUGUGGUGGGUGAUAUUAUAAAAGUCAUGAGACGGUUUUCUCUACCAAAUGUGAGUAAUUGUGAAAAAGCCAAAGUUGAUGGCGUCUUCCAAUUCCCAAGAGUUUCAUCUGCUUCUGCUUCAGCUGAUAACGCAGACUUGGACCCUCGUGUUGCUGAACUCCCUCCAAAGCCUUUUCUUGAGGCCCUUGUGAAAGAGCUUAGAAGCUUAUUGGGACUUCGUCUCUUCAACAUAGAUAUGAUCAGGGAACAUGGGAGCAAAAACACGUUUUAUGUUAUUGACAUCAACUAUUUUCCAGGUUACGGAAAGAUGCCAGAUUACGAGAAUGUAUUUGUAGAUUUCUUCCAAAAUCUGGCGCAAACAAAACAUAAGAAGCGACAACAUUGUAAAUGAUGAAGAUGGGAGGCAGUGUUUUAGAUGAUGAUGAUGUUCUAAGGAGCGACAAAUAAUAAAAAAAAAUGUCUAAUUAUGGAUUUGUACAGAACUAGCUCUCCCUUUUGGAAGCUGUAUUAUCAGAUAACAAGUUUUGGUUACUGAUACCUACUUAUUAUGACUUAUAUGAGUUUUUAAAUAAAAAUAGCCUUCACAACACA